ACUACGAACUCCUCACUCUUCUCAGUCACACUCACAGCCAUCCAAGCUGCACAGCUCGGUCGAGUUGGCGACUCCAGCGCUGCUAAACAACACAAAAGCCGCAAGAUGUCGACGGACAUGUACUCAGAAUCUCGCCGGGUCUGCCCUUCUAUCCACGGCAACAAGUUUGACACAGCAAGCCGCAAGCGGGCAGUGGCGAACAUCUUCGAGAACGUCAACCAGGACGCGCUCAUGAGACUCUUCCAGAAAACGGGAGACAUGAAAGCCGAGGAGAGAGUGAGAAGCAUCUUCUCCUUCGCGCAAGACCCCGAAGAGACGGCCAGAGCUCUGAUGGCCCUCAAGCAGAGGAAGAAGGACAAGUUCCUCCGGAUCGCGGGGAUGCUGCGACACUUUCUGAAGCUGCGUUGAGCGUCUUCACGCGGUGACUCGCGGCUGCAGGGUCGUUCAUUUCAGACCGCCGGUGUCAUUUACAACCUGGCGAUGACGGACACGUCCAGAGUGGACGAGAAAGGACCACGCGGACAUGAAGGAAAGUCUCGUCAAUGACGAGCCCACUGAGACCCGAUAUGAAGGACGGGACGUACAGUUUCUGGAGCUGUGGAGGAGCUCAGUCUGAAGGAGUCCCCUCGUGCAUCAUAGACGCGCGAAACUGUUUCUCGUGAACUAUCCAUUUUAAAAAUGGACUUUUUCACGUACUACUGCACCUUAUAGGUGUAUUUGUUGGAGCACAAGAACUGUGAUUAGAGACUGAAGUUAUUGCCCGAAAACUGCUGAGAAAUAUUAUGCCUUCCAUGCCACUUUGAUAUUGUGAUACGUGUUUUAACACUCAAUUGCCACUUAUUUAUUUGUCACAAUGUUAUAAUAACACCAGUUUAUGCAUUUUUCACAAUAUUAUUUUUCAUUAUUUGUAUAAUAAAUUAUUAACUAAA